AUGCUCUCCGCGUUCCCGGACCCGGCCGAGGCGCUCGCGUUCGCGUCCUGGAUGCUCCGGUCGGGCGACGUGCGGCCCGACGCCGUCACGUUCACCGUCGCGCUGUCGCUCGCCGCCGGCCGCGGGGAGGGCGGCCUCGGGGUAGUUCGGCAGCUCCACGCGCUGGCGUCGCGGGCCGGGCUCGCCGCCGACGUGUUCGUCGGCAACGCGCUCGUCACGGCCUACUCACGGGGAGGGCUCCUCGGCGCGGCCAGGAGGGCGUUCGAGGAGAUGCCGGCGCGGGACCUGGUCUCCUGGAACGCGAUGAUCUGCGGGCUCGCGCAGGACGGCGGCUGCCCGGCGGAGGUGGUCCGGCUGUUCCUCCGGAUGCUCAAAGACGACGCCGUCCGGCCCGACCGGAUAUCCGCGUGCAGCGUGAUCCCGGCGUGCGGCGGCGAGGGGAAGCUCGAGCUUGGCCGGCAAGUGCACGGCCUCGGGGUGAAGCUGGGCGUCGACGGGCACGUCACCAUCGGCAACGUGCUCGUCGCCAUGUACUACAAGUGCGGCGCUCCAGCCUGCGGCCGGAAGUACCUGCAGUCCAUGGGCGAGCGCGACGUCAUCUCGUGGACCACAAUCAUUUCAAUGGACGAGGACGAGGACGCCGUCGCACUGUUCAAUGGCAUGCGGCGAGACGGCGUGUCGCCGAACGAGGUCACCUUCGUGGCGCUCAUGUCGGCGCUGCCGGCAGGGUGCCCGGCGAGGGACGGGCAGAUGAUCCACGCGGUGUGCCUGAAGACCGGCGCCUCCGACAAGGCCGCCGCGUCCAACAGCCUCAUCACCAUGUACGCGAAGCUGCGGCGCAUGGACGACGCGCGGACGGUGUUCGACCUCAUGCCUCGCCGGGAGACCAUCGCCUGGAAUGCCCUGAUCUCGGGCUACGCGCAGAACGAGCGGUGCAGCGACGCUCUGGAGGCCUUCUCGUGGAUGGUCAAGUGCUUGAGACCCGACGAGACCACGUUUGCAAGCGUCAUCAGCGCAGUCACCGGCGUCGAGACGGUCUCCAUGGCCUACGGCGAGGCGUACCACUGCCAGGCAAUGAAGCUCGGGCUCGGCGCCAGCGAGUACGUCUCCGGCACCCUCAUCGACAUGUACGCGAAGCGCGGCGGCCUGGAGGAGUCCCGGAAGGCGUUCGACAGGACGGCGCGCCGCAGCCUCAUCGCCUGGACGGCGAUGAUCGCCGCGAACGCGAAGCAUGGGAGCUAUGACGCCGUCAUGGGCCUGUUCGACGACAUGGUGCGCUCCGGCGUGGCGCCAGACGGCGUCGUGCUCCUCUCGGUCCUCACGGCUUGCCGCUACAAAGGGGAGGUUGGCACGGGCAAGGCGAUCUUCGACUCCAUGUCCGUCGAGCACCGGGUCGAGCCCUGGCCGGAGCACUACGCGUGUGUCGUCGACAUGCUAGGCCGAGCGGGGAGGCUGGAGGAGGCCGAGGAGCUCAUGAUGCAGAUGCCAUCCGGACCGAGCAUCUCGGCUUUACAGAGCUUGCUGGGAGCCUGCCGGAUCCAUGGCAACGCUGACAUGGCCGAGAGGGUCGCUGACGUGCUGACAGAGUCGGAGCCGGCGGAGUCCGGCGCCUACGUGCUGCUGUCCAAUAUCUACGCCGAGAAGGGGGACUGGGGAGGCGUGGCGAAGGUGAGAAGGCAGAUGAGGGAAAGGGGCGUGAGGAAGGAGAUCGGGUUCAGCUGGGUGGACUUCGGCGCCGGCACCGGCGAGUCCACGCAUCUGCACAAGUUCUCGUCCGACGACACGACGCAUCCGCGGACGGAAGAGAUAUACAGGGUGGCCGAGGGGUUGGGCUGGGAGAUGAAACUUUUGAAGAACCAUUUGCGCAUGGAAACAGAAAGCGUUUCUUGA